CCCCCCCCAUCCUCUCCAUCACCACCAACAACGCCCCAUCAGUCCCACCCCCACCCCGCAAGCCAAAGUCCUGGGUGUCACUCUAGACUCCAAUCUGUCCUUCCAACCCCAUGUCCAAUCUCUAUCCUGAACUCAGCAGCCAGACUCCUCCACCUUACCAACCGCUUCGUAUCCUCCACCCCUCCACUGGCCUCCACUCAGUGUCCUCCACCCCCCUCUGCCAAUCCCUCCACUGGCCUCCACUCAGUGUCCUCCACCCCCCUCUGUCAUUCCCUCCACUGGCCUCUAAUCAGUGUCCUCCACACCCCCCUCUGCCAAUCCCUCCACUGGCCUCCACUCCAGUGUCCUCCACCCCUCUCUGCCAAU